AUGUCAUCCCCUAUUCAACCGCCACCUAAUAUACGGUCGCCAUCUGUUGGCUCACAGUCAUCUUCUCAACCUACGUCUGGUGCUGUUCCACCAGCAGCAGCAACAACUCCAUCAGUGCCUUCACCUUAUUCUCAUCAUCUUCCUCUACCACCCAAUCUUGCUCAAAGUGGAGGCUCUCAACAGCAACAGCAACGCCAACCAUCACCAUCAGCAGCCCAAUCUAUGAGCAAUCCAUUGCCUCCACCGCCAUCACGAGUUACUGAAUUACCAUCCAUAUUAUCUCCUUCUCGUACCAGUGCCUCGCCUUCAUUCACCAACCACCAUACUCUGCCUCCUGCUAGCUCGCUCUCCAGCAGCAGCAAUGAUCAUGCCAAUGGCCCAAGCACUGUAUUACCGCCUAUUCCAUCUCGUACAGCGACCCCACCUUUCAAUGAGCGUAGACCAAGUAUUGUGAGACAAUCUAUCCAGUCAUCUCCUAUACAGCAGCAUCGUCAACCACAUUCACAACCAUCAUCUCAGCACCCACAACAGACUACGAACAACGCUUCAUCGGCUGCCGCCACCACCUCUCCUUCAUCAUCACAGGGUGGUGGCUAUCGACCUUUGAAUGUCAGAGACGCUUUGACCUAUCUUGAUCAAGUCAAAGUACGCUUUUCUGAUGAUCCUGAUGUCUAUAAUCAAUUCCUGGACAUAAUGAAAGACUUUAAGAGUCAAGCCAUUGAUACACCUGGUGUGAUUGAACGCGUAUCCACUUUGUUCAAAGGCCAUCCUACCUUGAUUUCGGGAUUUAAUACAUUUCUGCCUCCAGGCUAUCGUAUUGAAUGUUCUACAGAUCCUCGUGAGCCUGAUUUGAUUACUGUCACCACGCCUAGUGGUGUUACAACUACAACAGGUGGUUCUGCCAGCAAAAUGCAGAUGGAAGCGGAAAAUUCUGCCUCCAUGCAUGGACAUCCACAGCAGCAUCACCACCAUCAACCACCUCCACCACCUCCACCUCAGUCUUACUAUCCAUAUGGUCACAUGCAUCAGCCACCUCCACCUCCAUCCAGCUCUAUGCAUCACCCACCACAUCAAGGCGCGUCUUCAGCCCAUGCGAUGCAUUCUAUCCCACCACCACCGCCUCAACAAUCACACCCACAAUCCAUGAUGAGUCAGUCCAUUUACCAACCGCCUCCUCCACCACCUAGUCAGCAUAAUCGUGCGCCUGUGCCUCCUCCUCUUCAUCAUAGUCCAACUCAGCCCUCUGCUCCCACCGAGAAACGUUCCCCUGUUGAGUUCAAUCAUGCGAUCAACUAUGUCAACAAGAUCAAGAACCGAUUUUCUGGUGAUCCUGAAGUGUACAAGCAGUUCCUAGAGAUUCUUCAGACCUAUCAAAAAGAUCAAAAACCUAUUCAGGAGGUUUAUGCACAUGUCCAGUUCUUGUUCAAUGGCGCACCUGAUUUAUUGGAUGAAUUUAAGCAAUUCCUGCCUGAUAUCACUGGCCAGCCUGCCAGUGUACUGUUUGAUUCCAUCUCGCCAUCGUACUACAGCGGUUCCAAGCGCAGCGCUAUCGACAAUGCUUCCAACAACAGCAUGCUUCCACCUGGAAAGAAGAAGCGAGUCAACAAUACACAAUCCAAAAAGAACAAGCUCUACAAGGAGAAUGGUGAUAUCCUGUCAAACAACAUGCGUGAUCCUUACAGCUACCCCAAUUCUCCAUUUGACCCCGUUCGACCCUCUGUGUCCACUGAAGAAAUUGAGCUGUUUGAUCGCAUCCGCAAGCAUAUUGGCAACAAACCAUCCUAUGAAGAGUUCCUCAAGACACUGAAUCUGUACACUCAGCAAAUCUUGGAUCUGAACACCUUGGUGGAACAAGUGGGCAUUUUUAUUGGCAACAACAAGGAGCUGUUUGAUUGGUUCAAGAGUAUUGUUGGCUAUGAACCCAAAGAUCAUCCCAUUGAGAAGCCUACCAAUCCUAUACCUAAGCCUGAUCUUGCUCACUGCAAGACGACUGCUGACAGUCCAAGUUAUCGUUGUGUGCCAAAGAAUUGGCAAAAUCAACCUUGUUCUGGCAGAGAUCAAAUUGCUUGGGAAGUGUUGAAUGAUGAAUAUGUGUCGCAUCCUAUCUGGGCUAGCGAAGACGACGGUUUCGUCGCUUCCAAGAAGAGUCAGUACGAGGAAGCUAUGCAUCGCUGUGAAGAGGAGCGCUACGACUACAAUAUGAACAUCGAGGCUAAUUUGAAUGUUAUUGCCUUGCUGGAGCCUAUUGCCCAUCGUAUCGAAGCCAUGUCCAUGGAGGAGCGUGCCAACUUCAAGCUGCGCCCUGGUUUAGGCGGUCAAUCCGUCACCAUCUACGAGCGUAUCAUCAAGAAGGUGUACGAUAAGGAACGUGGUAUGGAGAUUAUCGAGUUAUUGUACUCAAACCCUGCUCAAGUGAUACCUAUCCUCUUGAAACGUCUCAAGCAAAAGGACGAGGAAUGGAAGCGAGCUCAACGUGAAUGGAACAAGAUCUGGAGAGAGUUGGACGCAAAGAACUUUUACAGAGCUUUGGAUUACCAAGGCAUCACCUUCAAGAGCAACGAUCGUAAAGCCAUGGCACCCAAGGCACUUGUCAGUGAGAUUGAGAAUUUGCAACACGAUAAAAAGAUGAAAGAAGGAGGAUCCGAUAAAGCAAUGCACAGCAAAGAAAGCUAUCAAUUCAAAUUCGCAUUCAACGACAAUGGCAUCUUCAAGGAUGUCACGCGUGUUAUUUACUCGUUUAUUGACAGACAAACCGGCUAUACUAGCAGCGACCGCGAAAAGAUUCGUACGUUCAUCCAAACCUUUAUACCACUCUGUUUUCAACUGGAUGAUGUUGUGCCUGAGGGUAUGUCACACUAUGCAGAUGAGGUGGAGGAAGAUGAUUUAGCUGAAGACGACGAUGACAACAAUUCAACCAACACGGAGGAAUCAGAAUCCGAUGUGGCCCGCUCUCCUCGCAAGAGAAGUCAGUCUCCUUCACGUCGCAGAUCUGGUAGAAGUCGUAAUCACCACGAAGAUGAACAUACCAUGGACCUUCUGCGUGAUGUGCUUACAAAGAAUCAAAAUGCGCUUGAUGAAAGCAGCUUGACGCUGCGUUCUCGCUCGCCAUCUCCAUUUGCACCUUUAGAAGAAGUCGCUGAUGUCAAAACUGAGCUUGAUACCACUGUCGUUUCUACCCUAACCGAUGAAGCUGUUAACACCGCUGCUGCUACUAUUGCUGAUUCCCCAUUGCAAACUAACGAGGAGCCUUCUGGAGAUAAACUGUUUGCUGCUGCUGCUGCUGCCAUUGCACCUGGUGUCAAGAAGAGAAUUCUGUAUAGCUUCUUUUGCAAUACUACAUUUUAUUGUUUCUUUAGACUCUAUGAAAUGUUGUAUGAAAGACUAUCAAAGUUGCACGCAUUGGAUGAAGAAAUGAAGAAGCACCCCAACAUGGGCAAACGUGUCAAUAAGGUGGCUCGUGAUCUUGGAUUGUACAGUAGUCGCUUUGAUGAUGUUGAUGUCUCCAAGGGCUAUUACAGUGCUAUCCUCGAAAUGAUUGACCGUUUCUUUGAUGGUGACAUUGACCAGCAAGUCUUUGAGGAGCACACGCGUUAUAUCUUCACAACGGAUGCAUACCUCAUAUUUACAAUUGAUAAACUUGUGCAUUCCAUGGUGAAACAGAUUCAAGCCAUCACAGUCGACCCUAAAUCAGUUGAACUUAUUCGACUAUUCCGCAGUGACAAGGGACUGGAAUCCAUGUCGCCUAGAAUCUUGUCUGUGUAUCGAUUAAGGGCUGAAGAUAUUGUUGGAUCGGAAGAGAAUCUUUACAAAUUGAAUUUCGAUAAUGAUGCUAGAAACAUGACAAUCCAGCUCAUUGGCAAAGACGACUACAUGUUGGAGCCUACAGCAGCUGAUAAAUACGAAGACUACGUUGCAAGCUAUAUGGAUUGGGUGAACACAACUGAAGGUAUCGAUGCAGCAAGUAUGAAGCCCACCUUUUUAACUCGUAAUCUGCGACCUCAAGAUGAGCAUUUGAACAAGAUAUUUGUUCGCUCCAAACUUCAAUACAAGAUUGAUCAAGAUACCUAUCACAUGUACUACAUUGUUGGUUCAGAAGAUAUAUUCGUUCGUCCUCACGAUGCAAACAACAAGCAACGAGGCAACAAGGAAUCGCCGUCAACAACAGGCAAAUGGGAAGAUUGGGUGGAGUCAUCGACCACAGGCUGGUCAAAGGGAUUGGAUGAAUCAACAAAACAAUCCAUGGAAAAUGAGGCAAGAAAUCUGCUGUCGUAA